AUGUGCUCUCUUCCUAUGGCAAGACAUUACGUAAUUAAGGAUGCUGAUCAAAAUGCACUGUACCUGAGGGAUGGUCAGCUCAUGGUGGGAGAACCUGAUGGAGACAACUGUGGUGCAGAGAAGAUUUGCAUGCUUCCUAACAGAGCCCUGGACCGGACCAAGUUCCCAGUCCUUCUAGGGAUCCAGGGAGGAAGUCGUUGCCUAGCAUGUGUGGAGACAGAAGAGGGACCUUUCCUACAACUAGAGGAUGUGAACAUUGAGGAUCUGUACAAGGGCGGUGAGCAGACCACACUCUUCACCUUCUUCCAGAGCAGCGUAGGGUCUGCAUUCCAGCUUGAGGCUGCUGCCUUCCCUGGCUGGUUUCUCUGUGGUCCAGUAGAAUCCAAGCAGCCAGUACAGUUAGCCAAAGAGAGUGAUCCCUCAGCCCGCACUGAGUUCUACUUUGAACUAAGCCAGUAA